UAUUUCUGGGAGAUAAGGAACGCUCCUACUGUGAUUUGUGUAAUUACUGUAUGAGGCGAUUGCGGACUUGAACGAAGGCGCAGACGUCUGUGACAGGGUCAGGUACAACGACGACGGCGAAAGGUGGAAGCGUUGGUGCUGGUGGUGCCAGUAGCGGUGUAUCUACGACAGGAAUAACGCCGUAUGCGGAUAGAAAAAGUGCACAUAACGCAAGCAGUUUCAUUGAAAGUGGUGAUAGUGCCUUGACAACCAACAACCGUACGGGUGCUCCAGGAGCCCUAGACGCUGCAGCCGCCGCCACCACCACCAUUGCAACAUCAGCGAGCCUAAGACACAGCAUGAUGGACGUAAAGCUCAGUGCGGAUGUAUUUAAAAACUUUGAAAAGACGGGGAAGAGUGAAUUUUUGAAGAUCUUAAAACAGCAAGUGAAGGAAAAUGAUAAUCCGAUUUUUGGGAAAAAUUACGAGUUUAAAUUUGGGAUAUCUAGGGCAAUCUACGAUCUACUAUGGCAUGGAUUACGCUGCACGUUGAAGAAAGAUACAAUGCUGAAUACUUUGGCAGAUGUUGUGGCACUGCAUACUGAUUUUCCAACUGUUAUUCUGGACAUUGUGAAUAUAUUGGAUGCAGAAACUUCACUAAUGACCGAUGGCAUACAGGAGGAGCGUCUCAUGUUCAGUCAGAUUGUAAAAGAUCUCGACAAAGUGAUCUCGGAUAAGUUGAUAAAGGAGCGUUUAGAAAUAGACACCCUGCAAGAUGUAGGAAUCGUAAAGAAUAAGGUGUUCUACACGAAAUUUAUCAAAAUAAAAACUAAGCUUUAUUAUAAACAACGCCGCUUUAAUCUCUUUCGCGAGGAGAGUGAAGGCUACGCCAAGCUAAUAACUGAGUUAAAUCAGGAUUUUGAAGAAGGCGUGACUGCAACAAGCAUAAUGGAUAUCAUUAAAUCACUCAUAGGCUGCUUCAAUUUGGAUCCCAAUCGUGUACUUGAUAUAAUAAUUGAAUCAUUUGAGACACGCCCUGAACGAAGGCAUCUUUUUAUACCAUUGCUACGUGCGUACAUGCCAACUGGUUCAAUUAUAUGUGAAGUACUCGGUUAUAAGUUUCGUUACUUCGCUGAAACGCGAACGCCCCGCUCACUUUUCCACGUGUGUUCGCUGUUAUUAAAGUACGGUGUCAUUGAGCUUCAUGAUAUCUAUCAAUGGGUGUGUAAAAUUUCAUAUUUUUUAGAUAGAAUGUGGCACCAUUAG